AUGAAAUCGGCCGUCAUUGCGUCCGGGAAGCAGGCGUGGGCAGACGUGCGAACGGAGAUAACGGAAGUCGUUCAAGUCCAGACUCCGAACCUUGCACUUGCAAGCACGUUCGGCACCAAGGACCCCGAAACCGCAACAUCGCCGGCCACAACCCCCGCCGAGACUCCGGGACGGAGGUUCCCACUCCUUCUCGUGGGAGGGGUGUUCUCCGUUCUUGCGAUGGUCGGCCUCGUCAGGCUGCUCACAUUCACCGCCCGGCGCAUGGCAUUGACAGUGGCAGCCACGGCGCAUGCAUACCUGCAGAGAAUGAUCUCUGGAAUCGUCGCCUCCGGCCUGCGAAGGCCAUUUGCCAGGCUCCAGGCAGAGCUCACGUCUGCCAUUCCCAGGCUGUGGGGAGCCGUGUCGACCAUCAACCUGCGGCUGGGUCGGGUGGAGGAACUCCACCGAUGCGCCAUGAACGCCCGCGGCGCCAUGUGCCGCGAGAGAGGUCGGCUGGCAGAAACCGUUGAAUGGCUGACAGAAACGGUUUUGAAUCUCGAGGCGACAGUCAGCGAGACACGCCGGCUGGUUGCAACGGCGGAAUGGCUGGCGACAUCAAUUGUGAACCUCCAGGCGAUCAUCGGCGGCGGGGCGGCUCAGCUUAACCAUGUAACCACCUUGGUAAACGGCCUUCUCACCGCUGCUGCCCAGGUGAACCGUCACUUCACGUACGAACAAACCCAGACAACGCCAGCCACAGGCGGAAGGCUGAGGCUGAAUCCUGAGAAACCUUUUCACCCAACUGCUGUGCGGAGAGUACUCUUCAUGAGCGAGGUCUGCCGGCAACUACACGACGGCCUCAAGCGCGAGCGCCGCGGUCGUGAAAACUACAAACAGUCCAAGAACGGGCAGGGUGGCACGUGA